AUGUCGACCGAUUUUGAGAUGACGACUGAACUGCCUCCCAAUCUCAGCACAGAUGUUACGUAUAAACUGGUAGGGGUUGUCCUUUGUGGCCUCAUCUUUUGUGUGGGUGUGGGCGGUAAUACCUUGGUCCUCCUCGCCAUCUCGGCCUCACGGAGGCUACAAUCCCACAGCAACCGAUUCUUGGGCUUUCUAGCCAUAACGGAUCUCCUAACCUGCCUCCUCCUGCCGAUACAGAUUGCCGCUCUCUUAGAUGCUAAGUCGGAGUUCUUCCACCUGGCAUGCGGCGUUGCAGGAGUGAUGGUAUACGUUACGCUAGGAUCAAGUGCCUUCACUUUGGUCCUCAUUGCUUUUAACCGCUACAUCUGCCUCACCCAGCCCCUCACCGUCAAAAAGAGGAUAUUUUCGCGUUGCAAGUCCACGGUGAUGGCUUCAUUUGGAGUCCUCUUUCCUCUUAUAACCACUUCGGCAUUCGUUGUUACCGGAAAUGCCAAAACGGGUCUUCUCAGCGGUCUUUUUUGCACUAUUGUGUAUGGGCCCCAACUGGAUAUUUUAGCUGGCUCAUUCCUACUCAUUUGUGUACUUGUGACAAUUAUCUUUUAUCUUCUUAUUGCAAAAGUGGUUCGAUCGCACUCCAGGAGGGUUCUUCCACCGAAUCAGGCAUUUCAAGAAAGCAGUACACGGUCAGAUAUCCGGACGGAGACGAGUCCAAACGAGGCCUGCAUUCUCGGUCAACAAGACAGAUGUAGUCGUAAGGAUUAUGACUCCAACAAAGCAGGCUCAAGCGACCAAUCAUCAAGGCUUUCGUCCACCACGGGGAUGGCGUUGCGCAUUCAAGAGCCUGGCACCUCCAAUCCAAAUAAGAUGUUCGUUCCUGCGACAACACGAAUGCCAAAUCGUAGCAUAACAACGAGUGAACCAAUCUCUUGCACCCCUGAACCUGUCAGUGUUUCGAGUAUUCAAGCUAUAAGCACAAUCGUACAGGAUCAGGAGGGAACCACAAGGAGGCCCAACCAAGGGCGUCUUGCGCCACGCCCAAAACCGUACGUAGCACCUGUACCAUUGUUCAAACUUGAGACCGAGGUCGUGAAGAACAUGAUCCUGAUCGUCUUGGCUUUCUUAAUCGCAAUAGUCUUCACCUUACCGUGUGUCCUCAUUCCUGAUUUGCCGUACAUCUAUGAUCUCUGUACAUACGUUGUGCUUAGUGCAAACAGCAGUAUUAACCCUAUCAUAUAUGGCUGGAGGCAUCCACUUUUGAAAAAAACCUUCCGUCAUCUUUUAAGAUGGAGGUUGGAGGAAAUCGAUCAACCAACGAGAUGGGUCAGGAGAUGUAUAUAUUGA